AUGCUCCACAAAUUUAAGUCGGCCUUUCGUCCUUCGUUUGCAUUAUCCACACCCGUACGCUGCUUAGCGACACAACGUCCAGUCCGUCUAGUGAACAAGACUUUUAUUAUCACUGGAGCUGCAAGUGGGAUUGGAGCUGGGCUUGCUCGUCAAGUCGUUCAAGAGGGAGGGAAAGUUGUAGUCGUGGACAAGGAUGAGCAAAACGGUCAAAAAGUUACCGAUGAGUUGAAUUCAAGCACAACGCAACGAGCCGUUUUCCUUCACCUUGAUGUGCGCAAUACUAAAGAUCUGCCGAAAAUGUUCGAGAUCGGAGAUCGGGCAUUUGGUCGAGUCGAUGUUCUUUGUAAUAACGCUGGAGUUGCUGGGCCAGAAAUGCUUGUUCACAGCUUUGGUAGGAAUCUU